AUGGCUACUAACCAAAGAGGAAACAACAGAUCUCUCGACCAGGCCCUCAAUCAUCAGGCCAAGAAGCCUCCACAUUUCUUCAAAGUUGUGCUUUCUCCUAUGGACCGAGGCAUAAAAAUCCCAACCGCAUUUAUGAGAGAUUAUGGAGAGAGUUUGGAGCAGGUUGUGGUUUUGAAGGUUCCAACUGGAGCUUCGUGGCCAAUAGAAUUGCUCCAGACUGAAUUUGGCACUUGGUUGGACAAAGGGUGGAAGGAUUUUGCAGAGUAUUAUUCCAUUAGAGAAUGCCAUUUCUUGGUGUUUGAAUACUGUGGGGAUUCCCAGUUCCAAGUUAUCAUAUUCGAUCCAUCUGCUUCAGAAAUCGAAUAUCGUCUCGAAGCCCCUGAGGACCAUGGUAUGCAUGAUCAUAAGAACCAGCCGCCAAUGAGGAGGAGGAGGACCAUGUUUCAGAAAUCUGAUGAAGUUGAAUCUGAUGAUGAUUCCUUUGAAAUACUGGGGGAAGUUUCAGCUGCUGCAUCAUGCCAUACCAAACAGAGGCGAAAAUCAGCUCAGAUUCAUGAGGAACAAGAUUCUGAAAGCAGAAAAAAUGAGAAUGUUGAAAAGUUGGAAGUAGAUGUCAAUCCACCUCAGAAGAUGAUCAAAAAAGAAAGUUCUGAAGGAGUGCCCAGUACUCGUCAAUCUGCAAUUGCCAAAAGUGAAACAGUGAUUGAUAAGGAGAAGUUUAUAUCUUACCAAAGAGCAAAAACUUUCACGUCUGAGAAUCCCUUCUUCAUAAGUUUCAUGCAACCAUCUUAUGUCACUUAUUCAUGCAAGCUGUUCUUUUCACCGGUCUUUGCCAAGAAAUAUCUCAAGGAAUGCAAGCAUUGGGAUAUGGAGCUUCGUGUCUCAGAGGGGACCAAAAUAUGGCCUGUCACAUGUUAUAUUUAUACAACAAAAGCGAAAAUUAAGCGAGGUUGGGAGGAGUUUGUGCUGGAUAACAACCUAAUGGUAGGUGAUGUUUGUGUAUUUGAAUUGAUGAAGGACAAUCGAAUGUUCAACGUCACUAUAUACCGAAGAAAUUGA